UCAAUAUACACACGCACACGCACCUAGAAAAAGGGAAAAAAUAUUGAAAGUGUUUGGCAAGCAGAGUGGAAAAAAACCACAGAAAAAGGCAGCACAAGCAGCAAAGCAAGGCGCACACAGCAACAAAAUUGGCGGCGCAAAAGUUAAAAAGGACAAAGACGAUUAAGCAGCUUUGCUGGUGGCAGCGUCGUCGUCAGCGACAGCGGCAGCGGCAGCAGCUGAGGCACAAGCAAAAGCCCAAGCACGUAAGCACAGAGCGAGGAGACGGCAAAGGGAAUUUGUGUGAUUGCCGUGCAGCAGGCAGCCUGUUAAGUGUAUAAUAUUUGAAAUCAAAGCAAAAGGGUAUGAGCAUGUCGGCGCUACUCUAUCUCAAUCACAAGCUCAAUAUGCGCACUACCGCUGUCAAAAUGAAAAUGACGUCAAUCACAGACUGCAGACGCAGACAACACAAACAGGAAAUAGAAGUGGGCAGAGGCAAUUGAUGACAACGACAAAUUUGAGGAGCAAGAAACAGCAACCAACUAAGCUAAAGCUAAACCAAUCGCGUUUUUUACGCAUUUACUGUUACGUUCUUGUCGGUUCCUUGGUGAGCUACAUUAGAGCUAUUUGUGCAACAACUGUGAAGAAGCUGCAGAUGACAGCGGAAACGGAAAUGGAAAUCCGCAGCAUCAGCGUCAGCAACAGCAACAGCGACAGCAACAGCGACAGCAGCCUGCAACUUCGCACACGCAUUUGCAUUAUAAGACUGAUAACAUUAAAGAGAUUUCUACACAUUUUGGCAAUGCCAACACACAAUCAGCAGCAGCAGCAGCAGCAGCAGCAGCACCACCAGCAUCAGCAUCAUCAGCAGCAGCAGCAGCUACAAUCAGCGCAUCGGAAGCGACAUUUAUGGCACUCGCAGGUCCUGACACAGGCACCAUCCUGCUGGCGUCAUCAGACUAGCGGCAGCACGUGGCUGCUCCUGCUGCUGCUCUUAUCCUCGCUCUGGCCGGACUGCGAAUGUGUACAUGGCGCCAAGCUGAGCGCCAACACCGUCAAGACCAAGUACGGCCUACUACGGGGCAUUGUGGUCCGUUCCACGCCGCUGGUGGAGGCAUUCCUUGGCAUACCAUAUGCAUCGCCGCCCGUGGGCAGUCUCAGAUUUAUGCCACCCAUAACGCCAUCGACGUGGAAAACGACCCGCAACGCGGAUCGAUUCUCGCCCGUUUGUCCGCAAAGUGUGCCCAUACCGCCCAAUGGACCAGAGGCCCUGCUCGAGGUGCCACGUGCCCGUCUCGCCCAGCUGCGGCGUCUGCUGCCGCUGCUCAAGAACCAAUCGGAAGACUGCUUAUAUCUUAAUAUCUAUGUGCCCGAAGAAGCGCGGCGAACCCAACCUGACAAUGAGGAUGCCGAUAGCAGUUCGAGUUCCAGUUCGAGUUCCGAUUCAUUGCUAUCCACAGUGGUCUUCAUACAUGGCGAAUCGUACGAGUGGAAUUCGGGCAAUCCCUACGAUGGCUCCGAGCUGGCCGCCCAUGGCAACGUCAUCGUUGUGACAAUCAAUUUUCGUCUCGGCAUCUUUGGUUUCCUCAAGACCGGCGGCAAGGAGAGCGCCCAGGGCAACUUUGGUCUCAUGGAUCUCGUUGCCGGCUUGCAUUGGCUCAAGGAGAAUCUGCCCGCCUUUGGUGGCAAUCCGCAGAGCAUUACGCUGCUCGGCUAUGGCACUGGAGCUGUCCUGGCCAACAUAUUGGCCGUCUCACCCGUGGCCAGUGAUCUAAUACAACGCGCUGUGCUUAUUAGCGGCACCGCCCUCUCAUCCUGGGGCAUACAGAAGAAUCCGCUGUUCGUGAAGAGACGCGUGGCAGAACAAACUGGCUGCCACGGAGACAUGCUCUACGAUGAUCUGGCGCCCUGUUUGCGCACCAAAAGCGUUGCCGAGUUACUCGCAGUUCAGAUCGAUCAUCCGCGUUUUCUGGUUGGCUUUGCGCCUUUCGUUGAUGGCACUGUCAUAUCCCCCAACACUGAGACCAUGUCCAGCACUGCCCUGCCCCUGGGCUCAGCUAUUGUUAGUACUUCAGGAAUUGAAUAUGCCAACUUUCCCAAACGUGACCUCAUCUUCUGUCUAACAUCUGUGGAAUCCUAUCUGGAUUUGAGCGCCCAGGACUUGGAGUUUGGCUUCAAUGAGACCCGACGGGAUCGCAUUUUACGCACAUUUGUUCGCAAUAAUUUUCACUAUCAUUUAAACGAGAUAUUCGCGGUGCUAAAGAAUGAGUAUACAGACUGGGAGAAGGCCAUACGGAACCCGUUAAGUGCACGGGAUGCAACGUUGCAGUUUCUGAGCGAUGGCCACACGGCGGCGCCACUAAUCAAAUUGGGUUAUAUGCACAGUUUGCGGGGUGGUCGAACAUAUUUCGUGCACUUUAAGCAUCGCACCAUUGAGGAGGAAUAUCCACAGCGAACCGGUUCAGUGCGCGGCGAAGACGUGCCUUUCUGGCUGGGACUGCCAGUCUCUCCGCUCUUUCCACACAACUACACGACACAGGAGCGACAAAUUGGUCGACUCAUGCUGCGCUAUUUAGCGAAUUUCGCCAAAACAGGCAAUCCGAACCAAUCAACAUCAAGCACUGCUCUGGCCGCCGCCGCCACCAGCCAGACUCAAGUUGCAACACACACACAACGCAAACGCUCCGCGCCCCGAUAUCUAGAUGCCAUGGCAACUGGCGAGGCACUCAACCUGGCCGUCAUCUACAAUCAGCGGCGCAGCAAUGCGAUGCACGAGAAGCGUUCGUAUUUCAGGAGGCGAUUGCGGAGCAACGAUGGCGUCUCCACGCAGCAGGGCCUGGGCACUGAGCUCGAGCCAGGCGGCUAUGAUGGCGAUGCGCUGCCCUUCUGGGAUGCCUACGAUGUGGUCAAUCAGCUGUACAUUGAGCUGGGCAACAAGGUUAACAUUCAGAGUCAUUAUCGUGGUCAUAAGUUGUCCAUGUGGCUGAAUUUGAUACCACAGCUGCAUCGUCAUUUCAACAUCAAUGAUCAGUCCAUGCGGCAUCAUCAGUUCCAAGAUGACCUCAAUAAUCGUGAUCUCUAUGAAGGCGUGGUGCGACCCCAGCUGCAAACGAAGCCGGCGGAAGAUGACAAUAUCUUAGUAAUACAAACGACCCGCACAACAACCACUCCUCUGCCACCACAAUCCCCAAAGGAAGAGAAUACAAAUGCAACAAAUGCUCUAAGCGCCACAGGUGCAACUGCCACCACAGCAGAAUGUGGCAUCGAUGGCGCCAUGUCCGUCUCCGAGUUGACCACAACACAGUCACCGAAGGACAAUCGCACCCACAGCAAAGUGGAGACACGCAAGGACUUGGCCACUGCAUCGACGGGCAUCAUUGGCAAUCUGGAGCUGUUGCGCCGCCUGAGUGGCAAGCAGUUCCAAAGCUAUACGACAGCGCUGAUAGCCACGGUGGCCGUUGGCUGUUUCCUGCUCAUCCUCAACGUGCUAAUCUUUGCGGGCAUCUAUCAUCAGCGCGAGAAGCGAGCACGCGAUGCCAAAACCAAGGAGGAACUGCAGGAUGGCGACACCAGUAAAAACUCCAGCGUGCUGAAGCUGAAUGCUGGCGGCGCCGAUGGCAACGAUGCCUAUACGCUGAGUGGCGCCGUUGUAGACACCAAGGGCGGCGGCAUGGGCGUGGUAUUUGGCGAGUACAGCUGCUACGAUGAGAAGACCAAACAGCUGAAGGAGGAGAAGCUGCUGGUGGAGCUGCCACCGGUGACGCAUGCGGCACAAACCACACUAAUGAUGGACGGCUGGGAGGCGUGCUCAACCAGCACACUGGAUCUGCUCAAGACGCGUCCACAGGCGCAUCCAAGUGGCACUCAUAUUGAGAUGGUCACCUACAAUGCACUGCCCCUGGCAACGGUGUUGGAGGCGAACACCGGACAGGCAUCGGCACAGGGCAGCAAAAGUGGCUCCUUUCUGGAUAACAGCGGGCAGCUGCAAUUCGAUUAUGCCGUCCAGUCCUCCGAUCAAAUGUCCUUCAAGGCCAUUGAAGAGGCGGUAAAGGCAGCGGCCAGCGGCGAUUUGGAUAUCAUGCGGGACGAUGAUAUACCCGAACCGCCGCCACCACCACGCUCCUUUCUAGCUGCCCAGCAACAACAACAACAACAACAGCAGCAACAGCAAAUGGGAAUACUGCGUCAGGCGGGCGCGGCUGGUGGAGCCAGCGGAUCGGGUAGCAGCGGCAAGAAACGUGUACAUAUUCAGGAAAUCUCUGUCUAAAUCAGAUGGCUCUAAAGCUUAGCUAAUGGAAUUUCAGUUCUGCUCGCAAGUACUCCAAGUACUUAAUCCUUAAAUAUUACGAAAACAAAAGAGAAGAAAAAAAAAACCGAAAACAAGUUUUCAAUAUACUUUCGAAUUUCAUCCUAUUUUCACUUUCACUGCCCUUUCUUAAUGGUAUCCUUACUUUGCCGUAGUGGAUACAACUGCGAGAAAUAGAAAUUGUUUUAAGGAUCUGUGUGUGUAUGUACUUAUUGUCUGUUUGUACAUUAUGUAAAUGUUCCUUGUAGUCGUGUCGCGUACAUAAACUAAUUAGUGUAUGUAGGCUUCAUAUACUAU